AUGACUGCUCUGCACCACCUGGGAACUAAGCGUGGAUUCCCCUUCUCCUUUGCAGGUGCUGACAGCAUCGUUGCAAUUAUGAUUGGCAACCUGAAAGGCAUGGAGAUCCUGCACCGGAUUGAGAGUGGCAUGAAAGUGACCAUGGCUAUUGAAGUGGGGAAGAAGCACGGGCCUUGGAUGAAUCAGUACUCCAUCCUGUUCAUCUCGGUGUCGUUUUUCAUCGUCACAGCAGCAACCAUGGGCUACUUUAUUUUUUAUUCUGCUCGGAGACUCAGGAUUGCAAGGGCCCAGUCCAGGAAUCAGCGACAACUAAAGGCCAGGGCUAAGAAGGCCAUUGAACAGCUACAGCUUCGCACUCUGAAGCAAGGGGACAAGGAGACUGGUCCUGACGGAGAUACCUGCGUUGUGUGCAUCGAGGCGUACAAGCCGAAUGAAGUAGUGCGCAUUCUGACUUGCAAUCACCUCUUCCACAAGAACUGUAUUGACCCUUGGCUCCUAGAACACAGGACAUGCCCAAUGUGCAAGUGUGACAUACUCAAAGCUCUGGGUGUUGAGGUGGACGUAGAAGAAGUGGCUGUGUCUGUGCAAACCACAAUAUCAAAUGGGACAUCGAACAUCUCUGUAGUUAAUGAAGAGGAUAAUCGUAGUGAAACUGCAUCAUCUGGAUAUGCGUCUGUACAAGGAGCCGAUGAAUCUGUUCUGGAGGAACACGGACCAGCAGAAAACGACAACAUGCACCUUGUGAACAAUGAAUCCCAGCCCUCUGCUGUGAACAUCCUUCCACACGUUGACAACCCAAGCUUUGAGGCAGACGAAACACAAGUUCGUGAAGUCAGGUCCUAA